AGCAAAUAAACACCCCAAAAGGAGAGAAACCUCUUUCUCAUUCUCAAUAUCACAAAUCCUCCUAUAAAAACCGAACUCCUAAACCCUCAUACUCCACUCCACUCAUCUUCGGUCUCUCCGCCGUUUCGCAUUUCGUCUUUUUCUCUCCAAUGGCUUCUAUUGCUGGUUCAUCCAUCUCCAUGCAACCUCGCCCCUUUGCUAAAGGCAGUGUUUCUGGGUUGAAAUUGGGUUCAUUUAUGAACCAGGGAAGAAGCACCCUCUCAUUUACGAUGCGUCCAAUGCCUGCUCGCUUGCAGAUCUGCUGUGCUGCCAAAAAAGAGACCGUGGAUAAGGUAUGUGAAGUAGUAAAGAGACAAUUAGCUUUAGACAAUGACAAACCAAUCACCGGUGAAUCAACAUUUCUUGAUCUUGGAGCUGAUUCUCUUGAUACGGUUGAGAUUGUGAUGGGACUUGAGGAAGAAUUCGGAAUCACGGUGGAAGAGGACAAUGCACAAUCCAUCACAACUGUUCAAGAUGCUGCAGAACUUAUCGAGAAGCUGUGCAGUGAGAAAAGUGCCUAGAAAACAAGGAUCGCAGUUGGUUGGUUUAUUUGCCGAUAUUUGAUAUUCACAUACUAGACCGCAAACGUGGGGGAAAUCAUGUGUGAACUUUUAUUAUGUUGAAUAUGUAGGAAAUUUCGUAAUAAAGUUGUUGGGAUUCUUAGUUAAAUUGUGGAACUUAAAAUGUGUCAUUUCGUUUUACUAUCUCAGUUGAGGGUUUUAUUUGUGCUCAAA